GUGCGCUGCGCCGUGACAUCAGAACAAGAUGGCUGCUUCCUGAAGCGUUACUAUCAAGCCCUAAAAUUUUGCGCGUCGCUUGUGUCAGAUUUAAAGUUAGACAGACUGUUCCUUUCUCCAACUAUGUUCCCUCUCCGUGGUUGUGGUCGCCAGAUUGCGGCUUCUUUCACCAAACGGCAGUUUCCGUUGGCCCGGUUCAGCGGUGACAGCGCUGCGCCCGGGAUCCCGCACUUCGAUGUGGUCGUCAUCGGCGGAGGACACGCCGGGACCGAGGCUGCCGCCGCUGCCGCUCGGUGCGGCUCCCGGACUCUGCUACUCACGCACCGCGUGGACACGAUCGGUCAGAUGUCUUGUAAUCCUUCCUUUGGCGGCAUCGGAAAGGGGCAUUUAAUGAGGGAAGUUGACGCUUUGGAUGGACUGUGUUCCCGAAUCUGUGACCAGUCUGGUGUACAUUACAAAGUAUUAAACCGGCGUAAAGGACCAGCUGUUUGGGGUCUGAGAGCUCAGAUUGAUAGGAAACUUUAUAAACAGAACAUGCAGAAAGAAAUCCUAAAUACACCACUGCUCACCGUUCAGGAGGGAGCUGUAGAGGAUCUUAUUCUCGCAGAGCCAGAACCUGGGCACACUGGGAAAUGCCGGGUCAGGGGUGUUGUUUUGGUGGAUGGAAGCAAAGUAUAUGCGGACAGUGUGAUUCUGACUACUGGGACAUUUCUGAGAGGCAUGAUUGUAAUUGGAUUGGAGAUGCAUCCGGCGGGACGUUUAGGGGAUCAGCCUUCCAUAGGCUUGGCUCAGACCCUAGAGAAGUUGGGGUUUGUGGUGGGAAGAUUGAAGACCGGGACUCCACCCCGGAUUGCCAAAGAGUCGAUUAAUUUUAGCAUUCUAAACAAGCAGACACCAGAUAACCCACCCAUACCAUUCAGCUUUAUUAAUGAAACAGUGUGGAUUAAGCCAGAAGAUCAGCUGCCAUGUUACUUGACUCACACCAACCCUAGAGUGGAUGAGAUUGUCCUUGAGAACCUUCACCUAAAUAGUCAUGUUAAAGAAACUACAAGAGGACCUCGAUAUUGUCCCUCCAUUGAAUCAAAGGUUUUGCGUUUUCCAAACCGUGUACAUCAGGUUUGGUUGGAACCUGAAGGAGUAGAUUCUGACCUCAUUUACCCCCAAGGGUUAUCUGUGACACUACCAGCUGAAUUACAAGAGAAAAUGAUCACGUGCAUCAGAGGCCUGGAGAAAGCUAAAAUGAUCCAGCCAGGCUAUGGUGUUCAGUAUGAUUACUUAGACCCCCGUCAGAUCACUCCUUCUCUUGAGACUCACUUGGUGCAACGGCUUUUCUUCGCUGGACAGAUAAAUGGCACUACUGGUUAUGAGGAAGCUGCAGCUCAAGGUGUGAUAGCUGGAAUCAAUGCAAGUCUUCGGGUCAGACACAAGCCUCCUUUUGUCGUUAGCCGAACGGAAGGCUACAUCGGAGUCUUAAUUGAUGACCUCACCACACUGGGCACCAACGAACCAUACCGAAUGUUUACCAGCCGCGCAGAGUUUCGUCUGUCACUGCGCCCUGACAAUGCUGACAGCCGCCUCACGUUCCGAGGGUAUAACGAAGCUGGCUGUGUGUCCCAACAAAGAUAUGAAAGGGCUUCUUGGAUGAAGUCUUCUAUACAAGAAUGCAUUUCCAUGCUAAAAUCCAUUGAGUUUUCAAGUUCUAAAUGGAAAAAGUUAAUUCCAGAGGCUUCUAUAAGUACGGAUAAAAGUGUGCCUGUCAGAGCUCUAGAUGUUCUGAAGUAUGAGGAAGUUGACAUGGAGUUAUUGGCCAAGGCUAUUCCAGAGCCCUUGAAGAAGUACACUGAAUGUAGAGAGCUAGCCGAAAGACUGAAAAUAGAAGCCACUUAUGAAUCAGUAUUGUUCCAUCAGCAACAAGAAAUAAAGAACAUCCAGCGAGAUGAAGCUCUCCAGCUGCCAAAAGACCUAGAUUAUUUGACUCUCAGGGGUGUGUCUUUGUCCUCUGAAGUUCGAGAGAAGCUGCAUUUCAGUCGCCCGCAGACGAUCGGGGCCGCUAGUCGCAUCCCCGGAGUGACACCUGCCGCCGUCAUCAAUCUGCUCAGAUUUGUGAGGACCGCUCAGCAGAGACCGGUGGCCGCGACUGAGUCACCCAAAACUGGACAAUGCUUAUGUGAUACAGAGAAACUCGAAGAGCAACAGUUAUAGCUUUCUUUUCAAGGAAAACCUUUAGUUAAUAUAAGUGUAUAGAUAGGUGAUAAAUAUUUCUAUAUAGCACCUGUUAAAAUAACCUUAUUAGUUAUUAUAGCUUUGUCAUUAAUUUAUGAAGAAGACAGAUUAUCAUUGUGCUUUUUGUAUAUCUGAAAAAAUAAACUCUUAAUUUAUACUCUUUCUCCUAGGUGGUCUAAUACAAUGAAGCUAUUAAUAUAAGUUUGUGCAAAGUUCAUUAAAGAGAGAUAUAGUGGACCUACAACUAAAGCUGAGAAAAAUGUUUGCAAUUUGCCCCUUCAUAAAGACUUUGUCCAUUAAAUGUACCAAAUUAAAAGUCUUAUCUUUCAGUUUGUUUUGAAAGUUAGCAGUCUUCUGCUUGUUUAUGCUAGAUUAGGAGGCGAUUUCAGAGCCUUUGAAUUUUUAGGGGUAAAAAUUUGAAACUAUACAAAAGUAUGCAGGGUCAUUCAGCUAAUUUCCAGUAUUGGAAUCUGGAGGGUGAAAGUUGACUUCUAAAAUUUAUAUACGUCUAUAGGAAAUCCUUGCCAGUAAUUGUCUUUGAACUAAUGAAUGUUCAUUAAUUUGUGUAGAAUAGGACUGGAAAUCAUCAUAGUUUCCUGUCAUCCACAAUGUGGAAAAUUUCUUGGUAACAUGGUUAAGGCAGAAUAAAAUAAAGGAAGGGAGAGUAAAGUAAAGGUAGCUAUUUUAUAUCAUACAGUAUUUUUUUAUGAAACUGUCAUGGCCAUGAUUUCUUAACAUUGAAGACAGAUCUUUAACAAUUGGUGACUAGUGUUUCUGUGUUUUGAAGUCAGGACUGACAGAGAAAUCAGGACGAUGCUGGCUUUCCUCUUCCUCCCCAGGACUUGAUAUGUAGACACAGGGUUAGGGUGGGAUGACCAGCUGAGCCCGUCCUUUGGCUGGCUCCUUACACAGCUCGGCCUUUCUGGAGAAACUACAGGAUGAACACAGCCUAGUGGGCCAGAAGGCCCUGCUCGUCCCUGUAAAUGCCCACUCAGAUCUCCCAUCAGCCUAGAAACGCUGUCAGCUUCAGGCCAAAGCAGGUAACUGAGUUCUGAGAACCCAGAAGUCACUUUGGCUAUACCUCUAAGUGUUAAGCCUGAUUAUGAGUUAAGGGAGCCAGGUAUCUUGCUGUAAUUGUAUAUGGCCACUUGGAUAGUGCUCUAUUUUCAUGGAUUUGUUCCAUCUAACUUUAGCCUUUGCAUAAAGCAGUCAAGUUCAGUAGCAAGUAAAAAGUACUAGUAAUGCUGGAUUAUUUAGCAGUGAUGAAUUCCUUUUGACACUUGAUGUAGUAAUUUCAAAAAGUAACUUUUAGUUAACAGAAUUAGUUAUCUGGGCAGAAUCCUUACUGCAGAGAUGAUAAUGAUUACAAUAAUGCAUUGUAUUUUUUCUGUAAUUUUUUUUUAUUGUUCAAUUACAGUUGUCCCCAUUUCCCCCCGCCCCCCAUUACUCUCUCCUGCUCUACUCACCACCCUGCAUUGUAUUUUUUUAAAGAAGUUAGAUGGUAAUUGGUUAGCACUAGAAAGGAAACCACUGUGUUUGAACAUGUUUUUCUGAUUAAAUACAAGAGUGAAAGCAGUGAAUGGAGUGCGCAUCGAAUGGAAUAUAACAAAAAUUUAUUUUGAGGAAAUAGAAAGUUCCUAAAUGUUUUCACAGGUUCUUGACAGCUGCAGUUUGGGGCUAGUGACACUACAAAUCUAAAGAAAUUUAUGUUUUGUAAUGCAGUUGCAUUACAACAGUAACUCUGAAAAAUGUUCAUUGAGCCCUGACUGGUGUGGUUCAGUAGAUUGAGUGCCAGCCUGCAAAUCAAAGGGUUGCUGGUUCGAUGAACAUGGCUGGGUUGCAGGCCAGGUCUCCAGUAGCGGGCGUGUGAGAGGCAACCACACAUUGAUGUUUCUUUCCCUCUCUUUCUCCCUCCCCCUCUCUCUCAAAAUAAAAAUAAAUAAAAUCUUUUCAAAAAAAGAAAAGUGUUCAAUGAAAAACAUUGUUAUAUGUUCUGACAGUUAGGAUAUGAAACCUCUUUAAGUCUACAAUUUAAAAUAACAUGUUAACUUACACAAAAUUACCUGACUUGAAAGAAUAUAUAGAAACAGUCCACCUUCCAGUGCUGCUGACCAGAGUACUACAGACUGGGUGCCCUAGGCAAAAGCUAAGAAUGCAGCCUCAGGCCAGUCACUUCAUAGAAAAACCCCAACAGUGACAGUACUCAGCCUCCAACUGAAGAGACCACACUUGUGAUUUCCUCUACCCACCACAGACCGCAUUGCCUAGUAGUUAUAAAAUCUAGGACUAAAGUUCAUUUCAACAGAAACACCAAA